AUGGAGCUUCUCAUGGAUGCUCCCGAAAUUGCUGCUGGCGGUGUGUAUGCAGCCGCAUGUGCUCAUUGCAUAGGCAAACGCAUUGGUAAGACCCACAAUUGGGUUGUUGCCCUCAAAUCUCUUAUGAUUGUACUUAGAAUCUUUCAAGAUGGUGAUCCAUAUUUUCCUAGGGAAGUCUUCCAUGCAAUGAAAAGGGGUUCUAAAAUCCUCAAUCUCUCAACUUUCAAGGAUGACUCCAAUUCUAGCCCUUGGGAUUACACUGCAUUCAUUAGAAGAUUUGCUUUGUACCUUGAUGAACGGUUGGAUUGCUUCCUCACCGGAAAGCUCCAACGACGAUUCACGUAUCACAACCGGUUUCACCAGAGGAACCAAAUGAACAAGACAGCCAAUGAACGAGGCAUCAAAGACAUGAAACCCUCGAUGGUGCUUGAUAGAAUUGAACAUUGGCAAAGGUUGUUGGAUAGAGCUAUUGGCACAAGGCCUACAGGGUCAGCCAGGACCAGCCGUUUGGUUCAGAUUUCAGUCUAUGCUAUUGUGCAAGAAAGCUUUGAUUUGUACAGGGAUAUCUCUGAUGGGCUUGCUGUUCAAUUUGACGAGCUAUCAGCUUUCUAUUCUUUUUGUUCAAGCAUUGGGGUUGGAAGGUCCUAUGACUACCCGAGAGUGCAAAAGGUUUCUGAAGAGCUUAUGGAAACAUUACAAGAGUUCUUCAAAGACCAAGCUUCUUUUCCUACAAAUAAACACCUUUUUCCUUUACCCAACGAUCUUACAGGUUCAAGUUCAUCCCAUGAUGAAGCAAGUGAAAGAUAUGGAUUUGAAAGUUUUUUUGAAACAGGAUCCGAAUUUGAGUCGCAAUGUACAUCAUUGGAAGAUCUCAUGAGUGCUAAUGAUGCUGCCCUGAGUCCUAAGAGAUCGCUUGAGGAAGACACGUAUUCAGAGCAAUCAGACAAAGAUGAUAAAAAAUCGCUUUGUGAUGAUUAUGAUAGUGCAAAUGAUAUUGGUUCAGCCACAUCAUUAUUUGCAAUUGAUCAAACAUCAAGGUCGAGUUGGGAGGCAGUAAAUUUUGAUGAAUUGCAGGCGGAAGUGCAACAAAAUCAAACAAAUGAGUGGGAGCAACAAAAUACAGAAGCAGUUUCCAGUAAUAUCUCCAAAGAUUGUUGGGAGUUAGUAUUGGCAAAUACAGUAACUGCACCUACUGAAACAUCACCCAAACUGGCAAAUGUGUUUGACCCAUUUGUCAACUUAUUUGAUCAAGCUCCAGUUCCUCAACACAAGUACAAUCCAUUCCUGGAUGACACAGAGAAUGUUGCACCUCUUGCAACCACUAGUGAUAUAUUAAUUGACAUGUCACCAACAUUUAAGGCAACAACACAAGCCCUUUAUGCUCAGGAUCCUUUUGUAUCAACCAUCUCAGAUCCAAGUUCCAAUUCCAUAACAAAUCCACAUCUAUUUUUUGGUUACACGCAUCCAAAUGAGACAGCAAAAGAACCAACUUUCAGAGCUCAAGGUUCUUCUGUAGGGACCAACAUAACAGUGCCGUCAUCUUUUAAUACUAAAACUUCGGAUAACAUGAUUACACCACCAAGUUUCCAGACUCAAUGUUCUUUUAAGAAUGAUUCAAUUCCAAUAUUUCAAGUGCGCAAGUCAAAUGUUGAUGCCAUAAUGGAAACACCAACCCUAACUGCUCUUCAGAAUCCUAACCAUAGUACUGUUCCCUUACACUUCCAAGCACAACAUUUUUAUUCUUCAACAAUGCCACCAACAUUUAGUGUAAAGGAUUACAAUGGGACACCAUGGGCAACACCAAUGGACAAUGAUCCUUUUGGACCAUUGGCAACAUCAAUGGACAAUGAUCCUUUUGGAUCAUGGCCUAGUGCAAAUACCGGUGGACACACAUUGAAUGUGUCAAUGCAAGAGGAUAGUUUGUUGCGGCAACAACGACAAUGGUUGGAGCAACAACAAAAUAUCAUAUCAAAGCAUAUGAGAAUCCAAAAUGUACCUCUGGUUGAAGUUCCAAAGAACUGGUAUUCCCUAAAGAGUCCAAUUUACCUGUAUAGCACAAGGAAAGAUCUCAAUCGGCUAAGGCGAGGGUAUGAAGCUCCACUAUGGACGGGGAAUGAAAGAGAGGAGUCAGGUAAGCAUAUCGAUUCAAGCAAGUCCGACUAG